GUUUUAUUUAAAGAGUGAAUGAGGAGAGCGCAGUUUUUCUGCUGUGGAUACUGUUUGAAUCAAAUAUGUCUCACACUGUGACUCUCACCGGUCCCUCGCCGUGGGGUUUUCGUCUGGUGGGUGGACGGGACUUCAGCACACCGCUCACCAUUUCCAGAAUAACACCUGCGAGUAAAGCAGCCCUGGGCGACUUGUCCCCUGGGGACACCAUCCUAGCCAUCAAUGGAGAAAGCACAGAGACCAUGACACACAUGGAGGCUCAGAACCGCAUUAAAGCCUGCACAGAUCAGCUCGUGUUAGUCAUCAGCAGAUCUGGAAAGGUUUGGUCUCCAACUGGAAUUGAAGAAAACAAGACAAGCCCGUACACCAGCACACUGGAGUCUGAGUCACAGACCUUCCGACCAAUCACCAGUGGCUACAGUCCCACUCCCAAGAGUCCGUCCCCCAAGAGUCCCAUCACAGGCGGUGUGGCCUACAACAAUGGCAACUCCAGACCCACAUACAACAAUCCAGCCGGCCUAUAUUCGCACAAUAACGGAAACGGAGCCCUACCGAAGCAGAUGGCAGGCCUCAGCCUGGGCUCCCCCCCCACAGGUGUGCACAGUUUCAGCCCUGAACUACCAGUGAAUUCAUCAGGCAACCGCAACGGUUUCGACACACAGUCAGACGUCUACAGGAUGCUGCAGGACUAUGAGGAACCGGUGUCAGCUCCCAAACAAUCUGGCUCCUUUAAAUACCUGCAGGGAAUUCUGGAAGCUGAGGAUGGAGGGAUCUCACCGGUGGACAGACAGGGAGUCAGGGGCUUGCGUUCCCCUGUCAAAUCCCCCGUGCCAAAGCUGGGCAGCCCCAUAACGGCUCCUCUGACACCCAUCCCCGGCUUACAGAAGCUGCCGCAGUGCACACGCUGUGGAAAUGGCAUUGUGGGAACCAUCGUGAAGGCCAGAGACAAGCUCUAUCAUCCCGACUGCUUCGUGUGUGACGACUGUAGGCUGAAUCUAAAGCAGAGAGGAUAUUUCUUCAUCGAUGAGAAUCUGUAUUGCGAGACCCACGCCAAGGCCCGUGUGCAGCCUCCUGAGGGAUACGACGUGGUGGCCGUGUAUCCCAACUCCAAAGUGGAACUGGUCUAAGCGCGCCGCACUCGUAAACCCAAACACACACACAGGUUUUCCUUGAGGAUUCAGCUUGGCGAAAUGGAAACGAGAAUAACAAACUGAAAUUUCUUUUUCAUUCCCUGCUCAACCUUACCCUGGACUCGCAUUCUGUAGUUUGUUAACCUGCAGUUAACCCUCGUACCGAAAUCGAGCAGCACUUAUUCCUAGGUUAGACAGCCUUCCUAACAUUCGUUCAGAGCAGUUCUGGUGUUGCUUUAAGAAGAAAGUUUUGAAGUGUUAGAUAACAGAAUAGACAAAACAACAUGUUCCAGAAGAACAUCUGUUCACCUAAAUUCCAGUGGCACACCAGCGAUUUAUUUUUCUGAAAGCUGUGGUGAACUGAGGUGCUCAAGAAGGCCGCGAAGAAUGUCUCGAGCCAUGUGGAAAAUGGAAAUGCUAUUCAUUUAUUCAGAAAGUUUGGGACGGCGUGUUUAUUCUUUGGCUAAGAAGCCAAGACGUGUGUCUUCUUUUUUCAGUGAUCUAGCUUCCAUCACCAAAUCCAACUUUAUCUUUGCCAUAAAGUGAAGAAAAGGAGACUGCAAUAGAAAAACUGCAUUUGAUUGGCUCUGAGCAAACUUAUGCUAUAUGCAUGUUGUAUUUGAAUGUGAUUUGGCACCUAAUGGCAUAAUUUUCUGUCGCAAAUAAGCAUUGCAUUCUCAGAAGAAACUUCUACAGACAGUUUUCUCAUACCACCAUUUAGCAUGUUUUGUCAUAAAAGCUAGCUACCUGAAAACAUUUGGUUUAAUAGCGCAGACAUUUCUAGAUAACUCUAUCUGCACAUUAUGUAAAAUGUUUUGGCCAAGCGAUCCUGACUGCGUUUGCAUAUUUGCAUACAGAAUGAAACCAGAAUAGUAAAGUAGAUAUGCUUCUAUUUUUUGGCUUUUCUUUAAGUGGUGAGGCUUUUGUAAAUUCUGUAUAAAAUGAGAAAUGUUUGUUUUUCUAGUUUCUUAUGAAUGAUAUAUAUGUGUGGGUUUUAAAGACGUGUAACACAUAACUCUACUUUGUUGUACUAAGAACCUUCUGUAAAUAAUUUGAAUGCUAACAGAUCAUCUUUCAACAUAAUGACAGAGAACAGAAAAGCGAAAA